UUCAUUUUGCUUCGCCGAUAAUAGAAGGCGGAUCUUUCUUUUCAAUUCAUUUUCUAGUCUCUCCUUAAAUUCGGAUUUGCAGAAAUUGGGCACUACUUUCCCUUCUCUCCUUCGAUUCUAGUAGAAAUUGACUGGUUCACUCUCUCUCUCUCUCUCUCUCGGUGGAGUAACAUGGCGGAUGCUUACUGGAGGUACACCAGCGGUGGGCAGCAGGCAGCGGCGCCGGCGUCUCUUACUCCUCUCGUCGCGAAACGUCCUCGCAGCGAAUACGAUGCUCCAAGUGGUCCUGAAUAUCCUGGCUAUUAUGGCCGUGCUGAUGAAAGGGGAAUGCCUCGAGUCAUCAGAGACGCAGAUCCUAUCGAAGCAUCCUAUGAGCGCUAUCUCCGUAGUGGGCAAAUUUCCUCCCAUGUUGCCGGUGAGUCUGCAAGAUCCAUGAAUAGUGGAAUUAGUGGCCAUCCUAUUGAAGAUCCACGUGUUAUGGGCAUUGGGGGACCCGACCCACUAGCUUUUAAAAGCAGGAAUGUUGGAAUGGUAGGUGGCAGACCAGAAGUUACCCUUCCUCCGGAUGCUAGCAGUACGUUGUUUGUAGAGGGUUUGCCUGCGGAUUGUACAAGAAGAGAGGUGUCACAUAUAUUCCGCCCUUUUGUAGGUUACAAAGAAGUUAGGCUGGUAUCAAAAGGAUCAAGACAUGCUGGAGGUGAUCCUUUGAUUCUUUGCUUUGUUGAUUUCGCUAGUCCGCUUCAUGCAGCUACUGCAAUGGAUGCCUUACAAGGUUAUAAAUUCGACGAGCAUGAGCGUGAUCCAGUCAGCUUAAGGCUGCAAUUUGCUCGCAAUCCUGGUGCGAGGUCAGGUGGAGGGAAUCGCGGAAAACGUUGAAACUAUGCGUAUUUACAGGACUUGCCCAAGUUUGGAGACUUAUAAUACUUAGAGACGUUAUGCGGGCUUUGGAGUUUCGUGUGCGACGCGUUUCUCUGAUCGGGUGCUUUCGUUAGGACCAGCUUGAAAUUGCUGUGUUUUUACUUUAUUCGGGGGAGGAAGUGAUAGUAGCUAAAAAAGCGUUUAGCUUUCGUUUCAACCUUAAUUAUCUGCCUCAACUUUACUGGACCCCAUGCGUUGUUAAAUUUCAUAUCUGGAUGGACGUGAGAUGAUUUCACUUGAAUCUUGCGUAUAUGAUGUUAUAAUGACUGUGUAAUAUUAAGUGGACCUGCUGCUUAGCAGUUUGAAGAGUUGUUUGUUUGAUCAUGCGAUGAAAUGUUUGAAUUCCUUUUGAACUUCA